GAUGGGUUAGUAUACUUACGAAACAAGGAUCACGUCGCCCUGUGCAUCCCUCGGAUCGAACUCGAUGGCAGAUCAGUGCAGGAAAUCGUGAUAUCAGAAGCCCAUUCCAUUCUGGCCCACUUGGGCCCAAGGAAAACGCUGGACUAUUUGAAGGAAUAUGUCUGGUGGAAAGACAUGGUGGACGACGUGCAAGCGUUUUGCGAAACCUGCAUCACAUGGCGGCCAUGGGAGGCCAUCGGCGUCGAUUUUGUUGGCCCACUACCAGAGUCAAAGAACCGGGAUGGAGUGUUUAACUCCAUAACGGUCGUGAUAUGUCUACUCACAGGAAUGGUUCAUUUGGUGCCUAGCAGAGUGAAUUACACCGCCCGUCAAGUGGCAGAAUUG